UUUGUUGCUUCGGAGAUAAUCGGAAAGCCUAUCUAUCGCGCCAGCUGGGUCUCUGCUUUUUGUCUCACUUUCCCGCAUCAACAACGCCCCCAGGGAAAAAAAAAAUAAAGGUUGACAACAAGGGCAGACCCUGACGGCAUUCUCUCCAGAUCCAACCGGGAAACAUGGCUACCAAAGCUGAAGACGUCACUCCUACCACCGUGGCCGAUGUGGUUCCUGAAUCCGUCAAGCAGGCCGACCCCGCCACGGUAGCAAGCACCCAAGCUGCUGCACCCGUCGACAGUGGUGAUGGCAUGGCCAAAGAGGAAGCCGUGGUUCCAGCCGCCGCCAGCGACAAGGACGCUACCGGACCAGCUGCUCCCGUCGACGAGCUAAAGAAGCUGGAUAUCGCCAUCGACGAGAAGAAGCCCGUAGAGGAGGAGCCCGCAACCGCUACUACCGAUACUGCCGCAUUGGUUUGGCCCGAGACCCCGGCCGAGCACCCGCUCACCAAGCUGUUCGAGCAAGUCGACGCUCUUGUCAAAGAGGCCGAGCACGAUGAGAUCUACGGAAUCAAGCUUUCAUCCACCGCCAACGCGUUCCACACCAAGCUCAUCCUGCAGAAGUUCCUGCGCGCCAACCAGAACGACUUGGACAAGGCCAAGCAGCAGCUCCUCGACACGCUGAAAUGGCGCAAGGAGUUUGAUCCCGUCACGGCUGCUGGUGAGACGUUCGACAAGGACAAGUUCGACGGCUUGGGCUAUAUCUUGACUGUUGAUGGCGUGCCUGAGUCUACUAACAAGACCGACGUCGUCACUUUCAACAUCUACGGAGCAGUCAAGGACAACAAGAAGACCUUUGGCGAUCUGGAUACUUUCCUCCGCUGGCGCGUGGGUCUCAUGGAGCGCUCGGUGCAGAAGCUCAAUCUCAGCUCCGCUACCCAGCCCAUCCCAAACUACAACGAAGGCCCCGACCCGUACCAGGGCUUCCAAGUCCACGACUACCUGCAAGUCUCGUUCCUGCGCCAGGACCCGGCCGUCAAGGCCGCGUCCAAAGCCACCAUCAACCUGCUCGGCCGCCACUACCCCGAGACCCUUUCGCGCAAGUUCUUCGUCAAUGUGCCCGUCGUCAUGGGUUGGUUGUUCCAGGCUAUGAAGCUCAUCGUGGCCAAGGAGACGGUCAAGAAGUUCACGGUUCUCAGCUAUGGCAAUCAGCUGGCUGUGGACUUGGGCCAGGGUAUCCCCGAGGUCUAUGGAGGUGCCGGUAAGGAGUUGAGCGUUGUUGGAGAAGCGCUCAAGGUUGGCGAUGUCAAGGCUUGA